UGUAGUAACUACGUGGUCGCAAGAGUACGAAAAUGUAAACAUGCACAAACAUUUUUUGAUAUUUUUCCAUUCUUGGUGUUAUAAUAACCAUUUUACCCUCUAACGAACUAUAUUUACAAAAAACAAUUCAAGUGACAUAUGAUAAAGAUAUCUAUUUAUCGAAGUUUCGACAUCAAUUUAUUUUCUGUAACCGUAGUGAAUAUAGGUGGAAGCGUCGUCAAGCGCUAUAGAAAUUUCAAGUCCGUUUAAUGGCGGACGCCAAUAAUUUGGAAGUUUCGUGAUUCUAUUGUUCUGUUUUCAAGUAUUUCAAUAGUUUAAUCAUUCGGGAAUGAGUUUUGUUAUUAGUGAUCGCGCUCAAAGUGUUUCAAACGUGAAAGUGCUAUGAAAUGUUCUGUUAUAACGUGACAAAAGCGCCUGCUAGCUAUGUAACCUUUUCCCUAACCUCGUUUACGCCAAUGGAGUAGAUAUGUGAUCGAUGUGUGUGCGUCGGUGAACGAUAAUUCGUCCGUUUCGCGUUAUUUUGUGCGAAGUUAUUCGGGUUAUUAGUGAUGGAAGUGUCCGCGUCGCGGUUUUGCAAUCCGAUGCCCGAUUUCGACGUAACGUAAGCGAGCCGGUCGAUCGCUAGAGCCGAGUGUAAGCAGGCGGCCGUCCGCCACCAGCCGACAUGGCUGCAACGCAGGCCGAGUCUCAGCGUAGCGAUACGAACGUAGAUCAGACUCCAUCGGAACAGCUCAGUGAAUCUCGGAACGCUCUAUUACAAAACGGCACCGACAAGUCCGUCGGGCGCGUUCCGCCCGAUGGCGUUGUGAACACAAAGAGUAAAUCGCCAAUGUCAGGCGAGCCGGGGCCGCCACGAGACGGCGGCGACGCGCCCGGUCACGACCGGAUCGCAGACCGGCCGCCCGGUGAUCUGUACGGUCAAUAUAGAUAUCCGGAUGGCACAGAUCCGUACUACGCGCAGCGGCCGGGAUUCGGCGGGAAACCGCGCGGUCCACCGCCGCAGCAGCGCUUCUUCCCGGGACAGCCGACAUCGCAGGCGCCGGGACCCACGCCAACGCUCAACUCGUUGCUACAGUCGAGUGGUGCGCCGCCACAUCGCUACCCUAAUAGUUACGAGCAGCCGCCGGCGGGCUACGGGCCCGGGCCUGGUUGGCCUCCGCCGCGGCCCAUGCCUCCGUAUAACCCUCAAGCCAAUCCCUAUAGGAAUUCAACGCCACCGCGAGGCUUCGGCGGGCCUCCGUACGGCGCGGGCGCCCCGGGGGGGCCCCAGCAGCCCCCGGCCGGCUACGGCCCGCCAGGGUCCUAUCCUCAGCGGUAUCCGCCGCCUCCUGGCCCGCCGGGAGCACCCAACUCCAGGCCACCGUUCUCCUCGCACCCGGGUUACGAGAGAGGCGGUUCGCCACAGCCUCCUUCGCAGCCGCCGGGCGCGCCGAGCCCCGGAGCGCCGCCGAGCGCGCCCGGCGGGAUGUCCCCGACGCAAGACUCGCAGCACCCGCCUCACCAUCCGCCCCACGGGGCACAGCCACCUCAGCACCAGGGUUACCCACCUCCGCCGAGGCCACCUCAGCCGUCCACGCCAAACGCACACGAUCCUGAUUCGGAUCUGACCGGUCAGAACAGCAAUGACUCCGGCGGCAGCGGAGGCGCGGGGCGCGCUUCGACGCCGCACCUGAGGCCGACGCCCAGCCCCACCGGCUCCAGUGGAUCCCGCUCCAUGUCACCGGCUGUCGGUACGCAGAACGUACCGAUGCCGCCGCGGCCGUCGUCUUCCCUGUCGGACGGCAGCGGGCCCACGUCGCGGCCGGGCGGCGCGGCGCCCGGGCCGGCGCCGAGCCCCGUGCCGCCGCCGGGCGCCAUGGUGGCGCAGCCCUACCACCACGGCUACAAGCCCUACCCGCCGCAGCCCUACGGCUAUCCGCCCCGCAACCACCACCCCUACCAGUACGGCUACCGGCCGCAGCCGCCGCACCCGCAGCACCCGCCGCCCCAUCCGCCACAACAUUACCCGCCGCUCAAACAGCAACAGCCCCGGCACAUGGGCCCGCCGGGCAUGGAGGGCGCGAUGCCGCCGCCGACGGCGCCGGGCGACGCGCACGACAACGGGCCCGCGCCGCCCGCCACCGCGCUCGUCACCACCGGGCCCGACGGCGCGCCGCUCGACGAGGGCAGCCAGCAGAGCACGCUCAGCAACGCCUCCGCAGCGAGCGGCGAGGAGCCGGUGAGCGGCGGCGGCAAGCGCAAGGAGUUCGGGCUGGGCAGCGCGGCGCCCUCGCCGUCGCCGGGCGGCGGCUCGCACUCCGCGCACGACGACUACGACGCCUCGCCCUCCUCCUGGCCGCGCCCGCCCUCUAGUCCCGUGUUUAACAGUCACAUACAGCCGGAGUCCUACAGAUCAAAGAAGUCGGACUCGCUGGGCAAGCUGUACGAGAUGGACGACGCGCCCGAGCGGCGCGGCUGGGUGGAGCGGCUGCUGGGCUUCAUGGACGAGCGCCGCACGCCCAUCCAGGCCUGCCCCACCAUCUCCAAGCAGCCGCUCGACCUCUACCGCCUCUAUCUGCUCGUGCGCGACCGCGGCGGCUUCGUCGAGGUGACAAAGAACAAGACGUGGAAAGACAUCGCGGGUUUGCUGGGGAUCGGAGCGUCGUCGUCGGCGGCGUACACGCUGCGCAAGCACUACACGAAGAACCUGCUGGCGUACGAGUGCCACUUCGACCGCGGCGGCAUCGACCCGCAGCCCAUCAUCAACCAGGUCGAGGCCUCCACCAAGAAGAAGGGCGGCAAGUCCAACGCCACUCCUACACAAGGGUCGGGCAACUCGCAGGAAUCAUUCCCGGGAGCGGGCGCGGGAGCGGGCGCGGGCGCGGGCGCAGGUGCGGCAGCGGGCGCGGGCGCGGGCAUGGACGGCUACCCGGCGCAGUACCCGCCCUACCCGCCGCAGCCCAACACCAGCCAGGGCGGCGGGGCCGGGCCGGGCGACAACCUGGCCGCGUCUAAUCCCUUCGACGAGCCGCCGGGGCCGCGCCGAGCGCCACCAGGUUACCAGCCCGGUUACGGCUACGAAUACGGGUCACCCUACCAGUCUACGAGGCCGGUAUAUCCACCUUACGGCCCCGAAGGGGAUAGAGGAUACGGUGCCGGCAGCGAGUACCGCUACGGCGGCUACUACCGCGGCGCGGCGCCGGGCGCGGGCACGCCGCCGCCGCAGCCCUACCCCGACUACUACCGCGCGCACCCGCACGCCGGCCACCCGCACCCGCAGCACCCGCACCCGCACCCGGCGCACCCGCAGCACCCGCAGCACCCGCAGCACCCGCCGCAUCCGCCGCACCCGCCGCAUCCGCCCCAUCCGCCCCAUCCGCCGCCGCAGCAACACGAGAUGUCGGGCGGCGGGGUGAGCGGGGUGAGCGGGGUGAGCGCGGUGAGCGCGGCGAGCGGGGGCGGGAUAAUGAGCUCGCAGCUGGCGCGCCAGCUGGUGGCGCCGCUGCCGGCCGCGCCGCGCGCCUACCAUUACGGGGCGGGCAAGCCAGGCAUGGGGCCCGGAGCGGGCGCGGGCGCGGGCGCCGGGCCGGGUGCGGGCGCGGGCGCGGGCGCGACGGCGCCGGCGGGCGCGCCGCGGAGACACCCCGACUUCACCAAGGCGGACGGCUACGCGGCGCCGGGCGCGGCCGUGCCGGCGGGCGCACCGCCACCGGGGCCGCGCUACGCCGGCGCCUGGCCGCCCGGCCCCUUCCCGCGCCAGCCGCCGCCCGCGCAGCCCGCCUGGCGCCCGCAGCAGCCGCCGCAGCCCUGGCCGCCGCACCAGCCCUACCCGCCGCAGGGUCCCCCCGGCAUGAGCCUCCCGGGCGGGCAGCUGAAGCGCGAGAUGACGUUCCCCGCCGAGUGCGUGGAGGCCACCGCGCCCACCGGCGAGAAGCGGCGCCGCCUCACCAAGGCCGACGUGGCGCCCGUCGACGCCUGGCGCGUCGUCAUGGCGCUCAAGUCCGGCCUGCUCGCCGAGACCUGCUGGGCGCUCGACAUCCUCAACAUCCUGCUCUUCGACGACAACUGCAUAGGCUACUUCGGCCUCCAGCACAUGCCGGGCCUGCUCGACCUGCUGCUGGAGCACUUCCACCGCGGGCUCGCGGAGGUGUUCGACGCGCCGCCGCCGCCCGACACGCCCUGGUACGCGGCGCCCGGCCCCGCCGAGCCCGAGGCGCCCGCCGAGCCCGCGCUCGCGCCGCCCGACCCCGGCGACCGCGUGCGCGUGCUCGCCUGCGAGAACUACACGCUCGCGGCGCGCCGGCGUCGCUCGCACGUCUCCUACCGCGCCGAGCCCGACGCCGCCGCCGCCGAGCUGUUCGCGCCCGAGCCGCCCGACGAGCCCGAGGACCGCCACGACGCGCUCGAGCCCUGGCAGCUGGCCGACCACGUCAUGCCCUGCUUCCGCGCCGAGUUCCUGCCGCUCCCCUUCGUGCGCGUGCUGCCCGGCGAGCGCGCGCCCGAGCCGCCGGCGCCCGAGCCCGGCGCGGCGCGCCGAGCCGCGCCCGCCCACGCCGCCCGACGAGCCCGCGCCGCGCCCCGCCACGCCCGCCGAGGACCGCGACAACCUGGAGGCCGAGCCCAUGGAGCUGGAGGUCGAGCGGCGCGUCACGCUCGCCGUGCGGACCCCGCCGGCGUGCUCAAGCGGCGCCGCCUCGAGGACUACGAGGACGAGUGCUACACGCGCGACGAGCCGAGUCAACUAGUUAGCGAGAGCCGCGACGCUCUCGCGAAGCGCUGCAUAGCGUUAUCCAAUAUUCUGCGGGGGCUCACGUUCGUGCCGGGCAACGAGGCGGAGUUCUCGCGCUCGGGCGCGUUUCUGGCGCUGGCCGGCAAGCUGCUGCUGCUACACCACGAGCACGCGCCGCGGGCCGCGCGCGCGCGGGCGUACGAGCGCGCCGCGCGGGACGACGCCGACCAGGACGCGUGCUGCUCGUCGCUGCGCGGCGAGGGCGAGUGGUGGUGGGACGCGCUGGCGCAGCUGCGCGAGGACGCGCUCGUGGCGUGCGCCAACAUCGCCGGCUCCGUGGAGCUGCAGCAGCAGCCGGAGGCGGUGGCGCGGCCGCUGCUGGACGGGCUGCUGCACUGGGCCGUGUGCCCGGCGGCCGUGGCGGGCGACGCGCCGCCGGCCGCGGCGCCGGGCUCGCCGCUGUCGCCGCGGCGACUGGCGCUGGAGGCGCUGUGCAAGCUGUGCGUGACGGACGCCAACGUGGACCUGGUGCUGGCGACGCCGCCGCGGGGCCGCAUCGCGGCGCUGUGCGCGGGCCUGGCGCGGGACCUGUGCCGGCCGGAGCGGCCGGUGGUGCGCGAGUUCGCGGUGAACCUGCUGCACUACCUGGCGGGCGCGGGCGGGCCGGCGGCGCGCGAGGUGGCGCUGCAGGCGCCCGCGGUGGCGCAGCUGGUGGCGUUCAUCGAGCGCGCCGAGCAGACGGCGCUGGGCGUGGCCAACCAGCACGGCGUGGCGGCGCUGCGCGACAACCCGGACGCGAUGGGCACGUCGCUGGACAUGCUGCGCCGCGCGGCCGCCACGCUGCUGCGGCUGGCGGAGCACGCGGAGAACCGCCCGCUGAUCCGGCGGCACGAGCGGCGGCUGCUGUCGCUGGUCAUGUCGCAGAUCCUGGACCAGAAGGUGGCGCACGAGCUGGCGGACGUGCUGUACCACUGCAGCCAGCCGCGGCCCGAGGACGCGCCCGACCACCACGAACAAUAGACGCUAGAGUGCGGUGUGUGCGUGUGGUGAUGUCACAUGAGACUGAGUUAUACCUGUCGGUACGUGUACAUAUAGUGAUACGGCGCUGGCCGACGAUAGGCCGCGGCACCGUCUGACGUGUUAGGCUGUACAAUCCGAUUUUGUUAUUUAUGUCCACGAUGAUUUAUUUACAAGAAUGUCAAUGUGCUAUAAUCGAUUUAUAUUGUUCGAUUGAGAAAAGAUGUAUUAUAACUCGUAAUUUUGAUUUUUAUAAUAAAAUGGGACUUGAAUCUG